CCCCCCACCACCAGGGAUCAUCACCCCCCACACACCAGCCUCACCACAUCCUCUUGCCACACACACCAACCAUGAAUUACAAGUUUAGCAAUUUUACAGGAAAGCUAAGCGCCCCUUCUCCUCUGGAAAUACCAAGUAAAUUCGGCAAGGGUGCUGAUGGCCCGACGAUACAGUACAUGCAAGGCACUAAGAUCCAAGUUACUGACCAUCCUGUACCUUCCAGAGGAAAUUUCGCUCCUGUUCCUGAAGCUUUGAAAAAGAAAAUGAGGCUCUUUCAGAUGCCUAACGACCUGCCGGUACACAUUAAAGGAGGUCCAUUCGACAGGGUCCUCUUCGCUCUUACCGGAGCUAUAUGCUUCGUGGGACUUGUGGAGGUUGGCCGUGAUCUUCUAUGUUCUCUCCUACCCUCCCAAGGCCAAGGAAUAAUAGAGGAAACUAAUGAAGUAGAAGGAAGAAUCUGAAAGUCUUCAGUCUUCUCAUCCAAAGAUUUGUUAAAAAGAAAAAUGCGUGUUCCCUUUUGUGAAGUUUAUACUGCAUAGUUAUAAAUAUAUAUACAAAGGUUUGCUAGUCUCCGAGAAAGUCCAGAAAGCUAUACACUGAGUUUGACUACAUGGCAUUAUGUGUAAUUUCUGAGAGAUGCCAAAAUCAAUGUAAACAAAUCAUUCGUUUAUUCAUUUACAAUCUUUGUGAAAUUUUUUUUUCGGUAAAUAUUUCCCAACUUAGUUUUCUCAUACAGUGAGAACAUUAAUGAUAUUCAAUUAUAGCUUCAUAUAAAUGGAUAGUAUUUAUUUAACGUAUUUUUAAACAUUGAUGAAAAAUUUGUCAGCAUAUACUGAAAUAACGAUGUAAAUAUAUUUUCUAGUUUUCCUAUAAUUUAAUUAUAAAUAAUUCGUUCAUCCUAAAAUUGAAUUAUUACCUAGAGGAUUGCACUAAGCUAUGGAUUAAUUUCUCGAAUUUCUAAUGAAACUGUAUAUACAUAUAUCUAAAAAGAA